AUGCUUUCCAAGGUUUCCGUGAUCGUUGCAGGCCUGUCCCUGGCGUCCUUUGUGUGCGCUGCACCCUCGCUGGAAUCUCGAGCGACCUCCGAUCCGUCCGCUUUCGCAGACUUGCAGCGAGCGGCCGAGCUCUCCUCUGCUGCCUAUACAGGCUGCCUGGGCUCUGCCUUCGAUGUCACCAUCACCAAGCAGAUCUAUGAUCUGGCAACCGAUACCCAGGGUUAUAUCGGCUACUCCACCAAGAAGAAGACCAUCGCGGUCGUCAUGAGAGGAUCCACCACGGCCACGGAUAUCCUCAAUGACAUCGACACCUCCCAGGUCACCCCGACCUUGGCAGGCGUCAGCUUCCCCUCCGGUGUCACCGUCAUGAACGGCGUGUACAGACCCUGGGCCGCCGUCCACGACGAAGUCAUCGCCGCGGUCCAGGGCCUGAUCGCCCAGUACCCGGACUAUACGCUCGAGUCCACGGGACACUCGCUCGGCGGCGCCCGACGCAACCAGGCAUUUGCUGACUUUGGCACUGCGCAGAACGGGACGCUUGUCCGAGGAAAUAACAUGAAUGACGGUGUUCCUAACAUGUAUGUGACGGCUCCGUAUAGCUUUGUUCAUUAUGGAAUUGAGUACUACAGCUACGGUACUUCUGCCACUACCCUCAAAUGCUCUGGCGAGAGGGAUCUGCAAUGCUCCGCUGGGAACGGCGUGGUGGGUGUGACACCAGGUCAUUUCAGCAGCUUCGGGAUCGCACUUGGGUACGCAGGGUGUGGACCCUAG